UGAGUUUGAAAAGCAGAACCGAAACUGUAGGUGGGAGGCAGUGAUGUAGAAGGGCAGCGGCAUGAAAGCCCACAGUUUAUUUAGCACAUUACAGACAACACAGCAGUCAGUACACAACAUGGAGCUUUACAAACAUGUCAUCUAAUCUUCUCUACAGACUUCAGCGCAUUCUGCAUUCAAAAACAUGGAUUUCAAGAACCAAAAUGUUGGCUUUGAACUACUCUUGGCACACAUGAAUAUUGGAGACAUCAUUGAGGCUGUGGAGAGGCUCUGCUCAGACAGAGAGGAUGAAGAGGAGUCAGGCGAGUCACUUGUGGAGGGUCUGUCAGGAGAUAAUAUGGAUGAAAACGAGCUCUCACAUGAUACAGCCUCGCCUGACCUGGUUUCCCGUGUGCAGAAUGGUAAAGUGAGGUACGGCAACGUGGCAGACCUGCUGGCGUUUGUCAACAUGGUGUCCAAUACACCUGCCUCAACACUUUCCGAACUCGAGGAGGAGCUCGGGGUACUGUUGAACAAAACAGACAUGGUUAUAAAAGAGGGCCGCUAUCGCAUUGAUUUAGACGUGCUCCUAUUUCCAUGGAGGCUGACCUACAAGGCUCCAGGCUCAGGCCACGUUCCCAAAGGCUCUUUCGGGAAAGUCCACUUGGCACAAGACAUCGAAACACGCAAGCGAAUGGCAUGCAAAAGGAUCCCUUUGGAGCACUUCAAGCCAGCAGAUGUGGAGAUCCAGGCUCUGUUCCUUCAUGAGAACAUUGCUGAACUGUAUGGAGCAAUGCUGUGGGAGCAGUGUGUGUAUCUCUUCAUGGAGGCCGGAGAAGGAGGCUCGGUCCUGGAAAAGCUAGAGAGCUGCGGUCCAAUGAGAGAGUUUGAGAUCAUUUGGGUCACACAACAGGUUCUGCGUGGGCUGGAGUAUCUGCAUUCGCACAACAUCAUACACCACGACAUCAAACCCAGUAACAUUGUGUUGAUGUCUGCUAAAGCUGUGCUGGUGGAUUUUGGCCUAACGGUGCAGAUGACUGAAGAUGUGUACAUUCCUAGAGACCUUAGAGGGACUGAGAUGUACAUGAGUCCAGAGCUGGUUUUGUGUCGAGGACACAACACAAAGACAGAUAUCUACAGCCUAGGCACCUCCAUUAUUCACAUGCAGACUGGUAGUCCACCUUGGGUGAGAAGAUACCCACGCACGGCAUACCCAUCGUACCUGUACAUAAUCCAUAAGCAGGCUCCUCCUCUGGAGGAUAUAUCAGAGGACUGUAGUCCAGCUAUGCGUGGCCUCCUAGAGCGGGCUCUGGAGAGAGUCCCAUCACGGAGGAGUUCUGCCACAGACCUCCUGCAUGAGGAGGCCCUCCACCCUUCACGAGAAGACCAGCCUCGCUGUUGGAGUUUAGACUCUGCUCUUGGAGACAGCACACACCCACUCAUACGCCAACACAGUCAGAUGACUGAUAGCACGCAAGACUCCUCGUCACUGUACACUGAAGAUUCUGGACCAUUCAAACGAAAAGGUUCCCUCUACAUAGACCUUGGUGCUCUAGCUGGCUAUUACAACUUUGUUCGUGGGCCACCAACUGCAGAGUACGGCUAAAGGAACCCUGAGGAUCUUUUGAGUGUACACUUAGUUUGUUUCUGUGGUACUUGUAAGGACAUGUAAGGUACCAAAGUCCUAAAGAUACAGCUCAUAAGGACCAUGCAUACAUAUGGAACCUGUGUUUCAUUAUCACUGCCAAAUCAGUCUCCUCAAGUAUGAAUUUAAAAGACAGAUUUUCCUGAUGAUAUGCUGGAAAGUUUGUGUGCUCAUUCAGUCUAAAGUCUGGUAUAGAAACCGGAAUGAGGUGACUAAUAGCAGUGUCAGUAGAGUUGUAACUUGAAUUCUUACAUGAUUACCGUUAGAGAUAUUAAUCAUAAAAGGCAAAAGAGCAAAUAAUUGUUUUAUGUUGGGGAUUAUGUACUGUAUAUAUUAUCCCAAGUUAAAACAGUGAGAAAUGUCUAUAAAGGAUCAUGAAGUUGAAAAGUUUAAUAGUGCUGCAUUAUAGCAACGAUUCUCAUAUGUGCAAUAAGUGGAUUAUUGGCCUGAUAAGUCAUGGAUUAACAGUAUGGAAGGAAAUCCUGAUUUAAUAUUUACUGUUAUUGGAAAUUUUACUUUUUCUCUAACUUUUCAAGACUUAUUCUGUCAAGAGUUUGUAGUGUAAUUGUUAAUUAAUUUAUUGUAUAUCAAACCCCAUAGUUUGAAACUCCACAAAAUCUUUUGUAGAUUAAAAAAACAGAAAAAAAAAAACAAUAUAAAAACUGGACAAAACAAUUAUGUGAUAAUCCUCCACACUCCCAACUAUACACAAACGUUCUAUAGGAUAUGCUGGAUCAAAUCCUUUGUUUGUGUAAUGAAGUUUUUUGUCUUCUCUGUAAAAGGGCCAGUGUGGCUGCAGCAUGUCUAACCAGCCAAUUUAGAGCUAUGCCUGAUUAGUGCAUUUUCAGUCUUUAUUCAGUUAUUAGGUGUAAGAAAAAAAGCUCUGCAGCUACAGUAUACCAGCUUUACACCAGAUAAGAUUAGACUCCCUGAGUCUACUGUAUGUUAUUGUGGGCAUGCAGUAAACAUUACAAUACAGUGCAGGGCAUUACAGAAUUUAGCAUUAUAUAUUUCUUGCUUGAUGGGACACUGGAUGUUUGCCCACUUUUGUGUUUUCAGUACUGUUGUCAUUUUCAGAUGUUCCUGGAAAAUUUUCAGUUGUUGUUCCUGUGGAAUGUGUUUUGCUGAGUACUUGCAGUGCAAACGGUCAUAAUGGGUCAUAUGCUUUAGCCAAGAAUUACAACACAGCUGUAGAGUGGCAGAUGUCUGUUAAAGCUUUGUAGUCUCAUUUAAGUAUAUAUUCACUAUAAUGCUAAUUAAUAUUUCUGAUAGUGUACUUCUGAUAGUUUACUUUGGUAAACUAUCUUUGGAUAGUUUUACUUUGGAGUCUGGUAUGAAUGUACACUGUGUUGAGAUUCUGCAAAGUACAUAGAUUGAACAUGAACUCAUUGUUUUACAAGUUAGCAUUGUUUUUGUUCAUAUAUUUGUAAUUGUUUAUGAAGUCAAUAAACUUUAAAACUGAA